AUGUCAUUGUUUACAUCUAUAAAGAAACUUGUACAGGGCAAGAAUGACUCGGGUGCACCUACUCCGGCAUCGACAAUGAUGCCAUCGAGUGGAAAGCCAUCUCAGUCAAAGUAUGAUACAAAGCCUCACCAUGCAGGUCUACACGAUCAAGCAACUUCAAUACACUUUGAUUGUGUACAACGUUUAUGUUCAGUAGGAUUCAAUGAUGGAACUGUAAAGAUAUUCGGUCUCAAUGCAAUGGAAUGUAGCUUCAAGUGUGAGGCCAAUGCCCCUGUACUAAAGGUCAUCUUUAUAAUCAAUACUCCAUUCCUCGUUGUAGUUACAGCCAACUCAAUUGAGAAGUGGAAUUAUAGUGAGAGAAAGGUUGUGAAUGUACUUAACUUUAUGAAUAGGAUAACAUCACUUGGUCUAACAUUUGGCUGCAACUUUAUGUACAUUGGCGAUGAGACUGGACACAUCCAAGUCUACAACAUCAUGUCACACUUCCUAUCCUCCUACAAGAUAACAUUAGACCUUGUAGGUCUUGCACCUCCUCAAGGUGAUGGCACAUCGACUCAACCGGUGUAUCCAAGUGCAAUAGAUAUAUGCCCAGUGGAUCCAAAUUUGUUGUUGAUUGGAUACUCGAAUGGAUGGAUUGUGUCUUGGAAUGUAGAGUGUCGCAAGGUCGAGAAGAAGUUUGGAACAUUCAAAUCAUUCGUUACAAAGGUAGUCUGGAGUCGCACUGGCAGCAAGUUCAUAUGUGGCUUCUUUGAUGGCCAGAUAUUCAUGGUGGACUAUGCCAAGCAGGUACCCUCGCUCCUCUACAAGCCAGCUGUUGGCGGUGCAACUGGCACUGCGCCAGCCACAACAGGCGGCCAGCCAGAGCGCGUGUCAAUCGACCAACUCGAACUGGUCUACACCAAAGACAAGAAGAUUAUUCUGUUCAAGGGCCACUUCCAGGCGCCCAACUCACUGGUGUUGGUCAAGGGCGACAGCCAGCGCGAGAUACAACAGAUGGGUGUGUCACAGUUGGUCAAUGGAGUCGUGUCAUUCGUGCCCGUCCUCGACACCCCGUUCGCCAGCGUCAAGGAGCUGACAGGCCUGCUGGCACUCACACAUCGCAACGAAGUGGUCUACUUCCGCUUCGACACAGUCAUGAUCCCCACGCCACUCGACGAGAUCAACAUGAAGAUAAUGUCACAAGCACAGCACGAGCCACUGUUGGCACAGUGCUAUGAGUGUGACAUCAAGCUCAAAGACGAUCUGUUGGAUGCAUUCUACGCCAACAACACAUCGCGUCGUCUAUCACCAAUUGUUGGUGGCAAUGUCAAACACAGCCGUCUGUUCCAACUGAUGAUCACAACACAUCGCGACAACUCACUACGCUUCUGGGACUUCACCGACUCGCGCUCCUAUCAACUCAUCACAAUGGUAGAGCCACUGCCCUCUGCUCCUAUCACUAUGUGCUUCUCGCCGGCCAACAGACUACUUUUACUCACACUGGCCGAUGGCACAGUGUUGGUCUACAGCAUUUGUGGCGACUCGAGGCGCAUUCAAAAGACAUCCUAUCCCGCACCAGUCAUCACAGAGGCACCCACAGUAACGCCUGCUUCUGUCCCUGCUCCUGCCACUGCUCCUGUCCAAGAUACCACCACAACUCAAGCAUCACCACAAAAAUCAGUCGUUCCCCCUGAGACUGAGAAUGAGGUUGUUGGCUCUACCUCUGCAGCAAACUCACCAACAGUGACCUCAACUACAGCACCAGCACCUGCCACACGAUCACCACCAAUCUCUCCACCAUCAUCACCACAGACAGCUGUAGCACCAGCACUGCCACCUCUGCCUGACCCUCUGGGCCCAGGCUGCCAGCUAGUGUCUGAAUGGAAGUUCCCAUCGGCCAUCACGGCCAUUGCCUUGAACCCAUUCCGAUCACAGUACUGCACACGUGUUGUAAUGGCUAGCGCCACAGGCUCGCUCUACCACUUUGUCGUCACACUUGUGGACAACUCAAGCUCAGUCAACACCAGCCGAGUUGUAUACACUGCAAACAUCGAUGUACAGGCGUGCAAUGAGUCGGCUGUUCUAGAUCAAGAUGGCAAAGCGUCCCCAAUCACUGCAUUGGCACUCUGCUAUUGCCCUAUCAGAUCCAACGAAGACAUUUCAAUCUUCCAUGUUGGAACUGAGAGCGGACAAGUCGCUGUGGUGGACGUACAUUCACUCAAGGUCGUGUCAAGCUUCAAGGCAUCAUCAUCAGGUAUUCAGGACAUCUACUAUAUUGACAAGCGUGGACGACAGCCUCAAUAUAUCUUUGUCGACUUGCCACUGAUGCAUGAGCCCCCUGUCCCAACGCCACCAGCUGUAACCGUCGACCAACUAGUUGCCGCGCCAAUACCAUCAAGCCCCAAUGCCAAUCUCACAGACGACAUCAACAUAUUGGUUGCGAGCAGCAAGGAGUUAACACUCUACAACGUACCACUCAAGAACCUGUCACAGUACACACCAACAGCAUCGCCACAACAGGACAACAACAACAACGGCAACAUUGACUACUCACAUCCAAAGAUCAACAAGGAGGAGUUCAAGACACCAGUUGUAAAGACAUCUAUGUUUAGGGAUAUUGGAUCGGACCAGCACUACCUCGCCGCAGUGGACCAAAGCAAUCAUUACCAUCUCUUUGACAUGGCCAACACAAUCGAUAAGCAAAUGACAUGUCCAAUCAGUGAGGCUCUCAAGCCUGCAAAGCUCGUGUGCUUGACGAUGGCUGGCAAUGUGUUUGUACAACACGCAGACAAUGCUGGAAACUACACUCUACUCCUGCAGCCACACACUCAGCGUCAUCAUUACAUGUUCUUCCAGCAGACUAUCCUGACACCACCAGAGCCCAAAGUACAGUCGUCGCUCGUGAAGUUCUUGUUUGGACCAUCCAAGCCUGCGCCAUCCAAGUUGGAGGAUGCCUUUGCCGAGGGUGUCACAGUGAACAGUGGAUCUGGCUCAAGCCACAGCAGUGCCAGCAAACAAAAGGUCUUCGUGGAGGAUAUUGCCAACACAAUGGCCGAGACACGCAGACAGAUGGAUGAGCGAGGAGAAAAAAUCAACCAGCUCGACGUCAAGGCUGCAGAGAUGCAAGCGGCCUCUGUAUCAUUCGCUAAAAUGUCUGCUGAUCUCAAGAAUGCCAACAAGUCAUGGUUCUAA